GUUAGCGGUUUACACAGUCAAUAUUACAUUCCAUCCGUGAACUGCUGUAUACAAGGGAGUAUUGUGAUAUUUUAUAAAUAUUAAUACUUUUGAUAUUACAAUUCCACCCCAUCUCAUUAAUUUGUGGAUUGUUUAUUUUUUUUAAAAAAAAUUGUUUGUUCAUUGAUAUUGCCACCCCCACCAAGUAGUUAACCAUGGAGUCUAUUUUAGAUUUUUCAAUAGAGCUCGAUGUGGCUUUAUUUGAUCAAGUUGUGGACAAUUUCUUUAAAGGAUCAGGAAUUGAACAACAAAGAGCUCAAACCAUUUUGAAUCAAUUUCAAGAACAUCAAGAUUCUUGGAAAAGAUCUGAUCAAAUCUUAUCAAAUUCCAACAAUUCCCAAUCCAAAUAUAUUGCAUUAUCAUGUUUAAACAAGAUGAUUCAAUAUCGUUGGAAAACUAUACCUGAAAAUGAAAGAGUUGGAAUUAGAAACUUUGUGGUUAAUAUGAUUAUCUUCUUGUGUGACAAUGAUGAAAUCUUUGAAACUCAAAAGGCUUUAAUUAACAAGAUCGAUUUGACUUUAGUUUCUAUCUUGAAACAAGAAUGGCCACAUAAUUGGCCUCAAUUUAUCCCUGAAAUUGUUGCUAGUUCUGAAUCUGGUUAUAAUGUUUGUGAAAACAAUAUGAUUAUUUUGAAGUUGUUAAGUGAAGAAGUCUUUGACUUUUCUCAAGGUCAAAUGACUCAAGCUAAGGCUAAAACUUUGAAAACAAGUAUGAAGGCUGAAUUUGCUGAAAUCUUCAAAUUAUGUUACAAAGUUUUAGAUAAAACAAUUAAACCUUCCUUAAUCAUUGCUACUUUAAGUGCAUUAUCCAAAUAUAUUCAUUGGAUUCCAGUUAAUUAUAUCUUUGAAACCGAUUUAUUGAAGUUAUUAACUAACAAGUUUUUGGGACCUGCCAAUACAAGAGCAAUUGCAUUGAAGGUUUUAACUGAAGUUGUAUCAUUGUCCUCACCUGAAAAUGAAGAUAAAUUUAUUUUGACUUUUAAGGAAUCAAUGGAACAAAUCGUUAACAUUAUUCCUCCAAAUACAAACUUGAAGCAAACUUAUAAGAAUGCAAACUCUAAUGACCAAAGUUUCCUUCAAGAUUUGGCCAUGUUUUUGUGUACCUUUUUAAGUAAUCAUUUAUUACCAUUGGAACAAAAUGAACCUUUAAGAGAGUUAUUAUUAAGUGCCUUAUUUUAUUUGAUUGAAUUAUCGAGAAUUGAAGAACGUGAAUUAUUUAAAACUUGUUUAGAUUACUGGGGAUUUUUCGUUCAUGGAUUAUAUGAUGAAAUUCUUAAAUUACCUCAAAAUGAGUUAUCACCAUUGAUGCAAUUAUCAUACUCUAGUUCAUUUAGAGGAACCUCUGGUGGAGCUCCAAACCCGGAGAUCUUAGCCAAAUUCCCAUUAAGAGAACAUAUGUAUCAAACCAUUUUGUCAAAGUUGAGAUUAGUGAUCAUCGAGAACAUGGUUAGACCAGAAGAAGUGUUGAUUGUAGAAAAUGAUGAAGGUGAAAUUGUUAGAGAAUUCGUCAAGGAAAGUGACACUAUUCAAUUGUAUAAAUCUAUGAGAGAAGUACUUGUUUAUUUGACUCAUUUGGAUGUUGUUGAUACUGAACAAAUCAUGAGUGAAAAACUUGCAAGACAAAUUGAUGAACUGGAAUGGUCAUGGCAAAAUAUAAACACCUUAUGUUGGGCCAUUGGUUCCAUCUCAGGUAGUAUGAAUGAAGAUAUGGAAAAGAGAUUCUUGGUUUCUGUUAUUAAGGAUUUAUUGUCUCUUACUGAAAUGAAGAGAGGUAAGGAUAACAAGGCCGUUGUUGCUUCCAACAUUAUGUACAUCGUUGGUCAAUAUCCAAGAUUUUUGAAAGCUCAUUGGAAAUUUUUGAAGACAGUUGUUAAUAAAUUAUUCGAGUUUAUGCAUGAAACACAUGAAGGUGUUCAAGAUAUGGCUUGUGAUACUUUUAUUAAAAUUACCAACAAGUGUAAGAGACAUUUUGUUGCCGUACAACCCCAAGAAACUGAUCCGUUCAUUAAUGAGAUCAUUAGAAACAUACAACAAAUCACCGAAGAUUUACAUCCUCAACAAGUUCACACUUUCUACGAAGCUUGUGGUAUAAUAGUGAGCGCCCAAACUAAUAAAGAUCUCAGGGAUAAACUCUUGGGUGAAUUGAUGGCAUUGCCAAACACUGCUUGGAAACAAAUAAUCGAACAGGCAGGUCUUGACCCAGAAUUGUUAUUAAACACCGAAACUGUCAAAAUCAUUGCCAAUAUUAUCAAGACCAAUGUAUCAGUAUGUAAGGCUUUAGGUCCUGGCUUUUAUUCCCAAUUGGGUUUGUUAUACGUUGAUAUGUUGUCUUUGUACAAGGCUGUCAGUGGUAUGAUCUCUGAUGCUGUCGCUAAGGAUGGCUUGAUUGCUACAAAGACACCAAAGGUUAGAGGUUUGCGUACUAUCAAGAAGGAAAUCUUAAAGAUGAUUGAAACUUACAUUAACCAAGCUGAUAAUUUAGAAGAAAUUGUCAGAGAUAUAACACAACCAUUAUUUGCCGCUGUAUUAGAUGAUUACAGAACAAAUGUUGCCGACGCUAGAGAUGCUGAAGUCUUAAACUGUAUGACCGCAUUAAUUCACAAGGUUGGUCAUAUGAUUCCUGAAGGAGUUGUUUUGGUAUUACAAAAUGUAUUCGAAUGUACUUUAGACAUGAUUAAGAAUGAUUUCGUUGAAUAUCCUGAACACAGAGUUGAAUUCUACAAAUUAUUAAAAGAAAUUAACUCCAAAUCUUUCCAAGCAUUGCUUCAAUUAUCUGGAGAUGCAUUCCAAUCUUUAAUUAGCGCCGCUUUAUGGGCAUUCAAACAUAACAAUAGAGAAGUUGAAGAUAACGGAUUAUCAUUGACAUUGCAAUUAAUUGAAAACGUGGAAAAGUUGGGUAGUACUCCAUUUAGCAAGGCAUUUUACCAAAACUUUUAUUUCCAAAUUUUGUCGGAUACCUUUUACGUUUUCACUCAACCAGAUCAUCAAGCAGGAUUCAGAUUCCAAUCUCAAUUAUUGGCUCAAUUGAUUCAUUUAGUUCAAGACAAUGUAAUUGAUGAACCAUUAUACACACCAGAGCAAGCCCCAGUUGGAACUCCUAAUGCGGAAUAUUUGAAACAAUAUUUAGGUAACUUGUUAUCAUCCGCCUUUGAAAACUUACAACCUGAGCAAUUAGUUAACUUUUUGAAUGUUUUGACUACCGUUUAUAACGAUUUGACUAAAUUCAAGAGUAUCUUAAGAGAUUUCUUGGUACAAAUUAAAGAGUUUGGUGGUGACCCAACUGAUUACCUCUUUGCUGAAGAUAAGGAAAUUGAAAAGGAACAACAAGGUAAAUUACAAAGAGAGAGAGAUAUGAGAGUUGGAGGUUUGAUCAAGCCAGCUGAUAUGGACGACGAUUAA